GCGGGGUGGCGCGGGGGCAGCAUGGAGGGCGCGGUGUCGGACGUGGCCGUGUGUAACCUGGCGUUCGCGGGGCGCCUCGAGGAGCUGCGGGCGCUGCUGCUCCGCGACAGGGCCCAGGCCACGCGGGCCGACCAGGAUCACCGCACCGCGCUGCACUGGGCCUGCUCGGCGGGACACACGGACGUCGCAGACCUGCUCCUCGGGCUCGGCGUGCCUGUGAACGAUAAGGACGAUGCUGGUUGGACUCCCCUGCACAUUGCUGCUUCAGCAGGCCGUGAUGAAAUUGUGAAAGCCCUCAUUGCUAAGGGUGCUCAUGUAAAUGCUGUGAAUCAGAAUGGCUGCACCCCCCUGCAUUAUGCAGCCUCCAAAAAUAAGCAGGAGAUUGCAAUCAUGCUUUUGGAGAACGGAGCAGAUCCGGAUGCAACAGAUCAUUUUGAAUCCACCCCGUUACACAGAGCGGCAGCCAAAGGAAACCUAAAAAUGGUCCAGAUCCUUGUGCAGCACAAUGCCACUUUGGAUAUACGGGACUCUGAAGGGAAUACUCCUCUUCAUUUAGCCUGCGACGAAGAGAGAGUGGAGGAGGCAAAGCUGCUGGUGUCUCAUGGUGCAAGUAUUCACAUUGAGAAUAAAGAAGAGCUGACCCCUCUGAAAGUGGCAAAGGGUGGCCUGGGAGCCAUCCUUAAAAGAAUGGUGGAAGGCUAGAGGGGGCUUCCCACUUGAGUCUCUCUCCUGUUGCACUUCUACUUAGGAUUGCAAAAUUCAUGUUUUGAUAGCUCAUCUGGGAUGUCACGUAUGGUAUCAGCAUGGUAAUGAAAUGUUUUUAUUGAAGCUGUCCUUCAAGUGCAGUGCCAAAACAAGUCUUUGUACUUCCUGUUAAUUAAAAUAGUUCACUGAUUUUAAAGUAUUUUUCAAUAUCUUGCAGUUUUCUUUCAGUUUACAGUGUGAUGUGUAUAAAUGUGGUAUUCCUUCUACUUCAGAUCUUAGUUUAGAAUUAUUUCUUUCAAGAAACAGGACCAAAAAUGUUUUAACCAUUUAAAGCCAAUUUUUGUUUUCUUCUAGAGUCUUUGUUUUUUCUCUUAGCCUUUGUGAUUUGUGUGUGGGGUUUUGUCUGUGUUUUGUAGGUACUGAUUGUCUUUCUCCAGAUGAUUCUAAGCUACACUGUAUUUCUCUUUGUAGAAUGCAGUUUGCUUAGUUACUUAGAUAAUUGUAUCCAUUUUGCAACUCGUGGUGUAUUAAGUGAAAUCUGAGUGUUUAAACCUGUUCUGUAACUGGUUGUUAUCCUGUUUUUCUCUGAGUCUUUAAAUACAUGUAUUUGAUGAAGUGCCCUGGACUGCUUGCAGAAUGCAGGCCCAGUUUCAGGGUUCUCUCUGCAAAUACACUGUUUUAUCAUGGAUGGCUCUGGAUACUCCUCUGGGAUGUACUUUGACUUUAAUAUUUUUCUUGUUCCUUUUGUAGGUUUCUCUUUCUGUUUUCUUUUACUCCCAUUUGCAGCACUGACACUUGUAGUUUACCAUAUUAUUUUAUGACAGAAGCCUGGUUUAAAGUUUUAUUUACUCAUAGCAAAUCCUGAUAUUAAGUUAUUACAAGGCAGAGCUAACAAGAUAGAGCCUGAAAAGUGCCCUCCUGUCCUGAAGUUGUUAAGAUAAUUUUUGGCACCAGUGGAUAGAUUUCCCCUUGAAUAAAGAAUGAAAUUCUGUGAAAUAAAGAACUUUCCUAAACAGCA